AUCAAUUUUAGCUUGCCGAUUGCUAUGCUACCUUGCACAAUGGUUUUGAGCCCGCGACGGGCAAAAAGGUGUACAAUAAACACCACCUCAUCUUAGAAUCAGAUUCCUCAAUCUCUCAUUUCUGUCUUCAUCCCCAUUCUUUGCAUUACAAAACCCUUGUCGAUUAAAAAUACGCAAACACGCGAAAAAAAAAAAAGGCCUCAGAGAACUCAGAAGAACGGGCGUUUCCUAAUGUGCUAAUUGUCGGCGGAGGUAUUGGCGGUCUGAUGCUAGGGACUCUCUUUGAACGCAUCAAUGUUCCCUACCAUAUCUUUGAACGUGCCACGGAGCUGCGUUCGCUUGGUGCAGCGAUGACCCUGGGCGCUAAUAUUCUGCCCGUCUUCGAGCAACUGGGUUUGCUGGAGGAAAUCGAGAAGGUGUCGCUGCCCUGCCCGUCCCUGGAUUUUUAUGAUGCAAAUGUCCAAAAAUUGGGCUCCAUUACUCUCAUGGGAAAGGAAGGUACCGGAUACGAGAAUCUUCUGUUUCCGCGACCGCAGCUCUAUGAGCUCCUGCGCAAGCAGGUCCCACCCUCUAAAAUUACCCUGAACAAGAAAGUCCUUGCUAUUGAGGACAUAGGGGAUCGAGUGGCCAUCCGAUGCGCUGACGGUACCACCUACGAGGGGGAUAUCCUCAUCGGAGCGGACGGUGCCUAUAGUGCAGUUCGCCAGAGUUUGUAUAAACAGAUGGACGACAAAAACAUCCUUCCUAAGGGCGAUCUGGAAAGUCUAGCGAUUGGUUACGUGAGCAUGGUUGGCGUUGCCACUCCUCCCAACCCUGAAAAGUAUCCUCAGCUGAAGGACAAGGUCUCUCAUUUCUCGCAAGUGCUCGGAGACAGUAUGCGCAGUUGGACUGUCGUUAGCGUUCCAAACAACCAGAUCUGCUGGGGUCUUGGGAUCCAGCUCACGGAUGCACAGGCACAGGAUCAACAGUUUAGAAACUCGGAAUGGGGCCCUGAAGCGAAUGAAACGAUGAUCCAGGACUUCCAGGAUAUGCCCACACCAUGGGGCGGCAACAUGGGAGAAAUCAUCAGGGCCACACCUAAGGACUUGAUCUCAAAGGUGUUCCUCGAGGAAAAAAUCUUCAAAACCUGGUACCAUGGCAGGGUAGUUCUCAUUGGCGACGCCUGUCAUAAGAUGCUCCCUGGCGCAGGUCUAGGAGCUGUCAAUGCAAUGCACGAUGCCGUUGUGCUUGCAAACUGCAUCUACAACAUAACCAAUCUAGGCGAUAAAGGCAUCAAAGCAGCCUUCAAAGAAUUUUACAGCCAGCGUUACGACUACUCGUACGACCAAUUUAAGAACAGCAGCGCCAUGAGCAGAACCAUGUUCGGUCAGACGUGGACGGAACGCCUCCUCCGCAAGAUGAUUCUCAACUAUUUGUCGAACUGGGUUCAGCAACAGAACUUUGCAAAGACGCUGUCGUAUCGUCCUCAGAUUGCUUGGCUGCCCCUGGCGGAGGACCGAGGCACCAUCCGUGUGCUGCCCCAGACUGGAAAGAGGGGAGUUAUAGAGAAGUAGCAGCAGCAGUAGACCAAGGUGGUGUAAGACGGAGCAGUUCUCUUUGUCAUGGCGAGUUGAGAAUAAAGUAAAUACAUAUCAUGCAGUC